UGAUUUUUUGUAGAGUCGCACCCUGCAGAACGUACGUGGUCGUGGAGCCUAAGAACGUCCAGCCUGAAAGUGAAAGAACGCCACAGCCUAUUUAACUGCUAAAGCUAAGAACGGCGGUGUUGGUUUUCUGGCAGUUUGUGGGAUGCGUAUCAUCCAGUACCGAUUGUUUCUAAGAACGCAGCCAGAUUGCUGAAAAAUAAGAACGUCCCAGUCUAAACCUUUGCCUUGGAAACAGUGUUCUUGGGCGCGCGACUCUACUGUAGUAUUAUUAUUCGGUCAUGUAAUUAGAUUGUUGCUGUAUCUUCUGCCACUAGCCACUAGGUACCUAUAGCUAUGCCUACAUAAUUGUACGUCGUGUACAUGUGGCCAGGCAGUCACUAGCUCUGUUUAGCUGAGCUCGUCAUUGUGUCCCGGUAUCACGACCAGGCACUGAGUGGAGAUCGUAGGCGCUCGGCGGAGGUCUGGAACGGGCGCUCGCUAAGGCGUAUGCGCUAGGAAGAAGUGAGGCACUGCGCGCACCUCCGAAGACUGUACUGACAGGAACGACGUAUAGACUCCACGUUCAAAAGCAAUGGAUCCUAAGGAUAAAGACGGCCCCCCACUCUACGGCUAUGAUGUCCAAACUGUUGACCUAUUUCCUGAAAAAUUUCUGUGCCCGGUUUGCUUGCUCCUGCUGAGGGAUCCAGUGCAGACUGGCUGUGGUCAUCGUUUCUGCAGAUACUGCAGCAAACGCGUCAUUGAUAGUGGAAACGAAAUAUGCCCUGUGGACCAUGAGCCUGUGACAUGUGCGUUUGAAGACAAUUAUGCGAGGCGUGAAGUUGCCAAUUUAGAAGUGUACUGCUCCAUGAGCACAAAAGGCUGCACGUGGACUGGCAAACUGCGCAACGUAGAGGAUCAUACGGCUGUGUGUGAGUACACCAAUGUGCGCUGUCCCAACGAGGGUUGUAGUGAGGCCGUGCAUCGCAAUCAACUCAACCACCACGUUACCGAUGUGUGCCGCUAUACACCUGUCCCGUGCGCGCUCUGUAGCGUGCCUGUACCACAAGCGCUUAUGCCUGACCACAUUGCGCAGGAGUGCAUCAACGCUGAGGUACAGUGUGCAAUGUGCAGAAACCAGAUCAAGCGUAAAGAACUAGUGCAGCACACGGCUGAGGACUGCCCUAACAAGACAGUUGUCUGCCCUUACCAUCAGUACUCAUGUGUGUUUGAGGGUACUCGUGAGCAAGUGGAUAGACACUGUGAGAGCCAGAAGGAACAUCAUAUGCACCUGGUUUCCCAGCAGACCAAGUCACAAGAAGGAGAUGCUACUGCUGUGCCCAGUAUCAGUGAACUCGAAGCAGCAGAGCAGGAGGCAGCCCGGUUGGGCGGUACGACCGUCAUCCAGUUCCUGCACGUGGCAAUACUUGGUGCGGCGCGCGUUGGAAAGACCAGCUUGCUGAAGGCGUUGCUGGAGAAGGUGUACAAUAAGAAUGAACUCAGCACGCCCGGCAUGCGAACGUCCUACGCAAGUACAAACAUCUCUGCUGACUGCCGAUUCAUCGAAUGCCCAGACAUGCCAGAUGCCCUGAGCCGACUCUACGUCAUCACCAUGAUGUGCAAAUCAUCCACUUCGAAUCAUCCCCAAGACAAAGAGACUACACAAGAUGACCAGGAAAGAGCCACAGCAGAAGAGGAUCCUGUGGCUGGGACCCAUGCAGGACCUAUGGAGGACAGUAGCAGCAGCAGCAGCAGCGCAGCUAACAACAGACAUUCCCAGCCCACGGCCAUCCACCAGCAGCGCGACGAGCCAGCAAUGCGCGAGGAAAUCCACGAGACCAUCACAGGAUUUCUCAAUGCAGACAGGGUUAAGUACAUCUCUGACCGGGCCAACACGCCCGACUAUACCGUCUUCACAUUCCGCGACCUUGGAGGUCAGCAGGUCUACCAAUCCGUGCAGCCCCUCUUCAUGGCCAAAAACACAACCUUCAUUGCCACAUACAACUCUUCUCUGGACCUUCUGGAGACCCUUCCCAAGCUCGAUGAAUUGCAGGUCAGCCGGGAGGAGUGUAUCGAGCGGGCCACUCUGCCGGCCGAUGCCACUCGCCUAGACCAACUGCUCGGCUGGCUCGACAUACUGCUGCUGAAUGCGAAAGCUGACAGCAACAGCACAGACCAGAGUGCUGCAGAUGAUGUGUUUGUAGUGGGAUGCCAGAGUGACAGGUGGAAUGAAACUGAUCUGCCUGAUCCUUGUAAGCUACUCCACGAGAAGAUCAAAGACUCACCGUACCAAAACCUUGUCUGGAACGAAACGUCGCACUUCAAAAUCGACAAUACCAGAUCUACUGGGAGUGCAGCACAACCAGAUGAGCUACAGCGACUGAGGCAGGCCAUCAUCGACCGCUGCCAGAAGAGCCAACGUAGCAUCCCUGUUCCGUGGCUCCGAUUCUGCAUAUCCAUACAUUCACUCAAGCAGGAGGUCAUGCGGCCUUGGAUUUCCUUCGAGGAGGCAAAAUUCAUAGCAAAGCAAGUCAAGGCCGUUCCAAGUGACUACAGUGACUGGCAAAUACAGCAGCUGCUUAAGUACUGCCACGAAGCAGGCCACCUGGUGUACUUCCCAACUUUCAAGCUGAAAGACACGGUCAUCCUCGACCCACAGUUCAUUCUGGACUGUGUCAAUGCCUUUGUCUACCUGAAACCUGACCGACACAUCACAGCGGACGAAAUGCGGCGCUAUCAUUCUGGGUUCAUGACGGAGUCCCUGGCACGCAAAGCUCUCAACAAGAUGUUCGCGGAUCCGUCUUACUUCGACCAUGCUAAGGCUUGGCAAGCAGUCAGAGCAAGCAGUGAUGGGUUCAAGCUCAUUUUCGAAAUCCUGGAGUGGCUCUCAGUGCUGGCAAUUGUGCAGGAUGAGAGCUCUGCCGAGCACGAGUUUAUUGUACCUGCAGUCGUCGAGGACAUGGACAUGCACCCACAGACGCCCUCCUGUUCCUGUGCGUAUGUGUCCUUGAAGCACGUAAGCCGCGAUGAAUGCAUGCGCUUCCCCGUAUUCCUUUACUGGCAAUGUGUGGUGGAGGCGCUGCUGAAGUCGCGCAAGCGCUCGGCUGCCACGCUGUCACGGUGCAGCGUUCGCCUUCGCUGGAACAGCGAGUGGCCGUGGCUGAACCUGCACUAUACACGCUACGGCUUACAAGUGUACGUCGAGUGCAAGGGCCGAGACGGCGGCAGUGGAAAGUCUACGCUGGAGGAAGUCAAGGCAAUCGUGCUCACCGUGCUACGGAAGUGGAAUCUGCAGGCCGAAGUGAUCAGCUCCCUGCCGUGCCCCUGUGGAGAAACAUCGGGGGUGGAGUGUUUGCAGCACGGCCUGUCUACGUGCUGCACGCCAAGCUGUGCGCACGCCUUGGAUGCAUCCACCCUAGUGGCGGAAGACUAUCCACUGUGUACACGUUCAAAGCCGGAUACACAGAUGAUCCGUGAGCAGGCCAAGUUCUGGCUGGGCCUUGAUCAGGAUGCAGGCGGAAUGCUGUUUGACCCGAGAUCGGCCUCUCUUCCUUCUGCAGACACCUGGACCAGCGUGGACAGUAGAAGUGGUGGUCACGGCGUCAGUGGAAGUGGUGGUCACGGUGUCAGUGGAAGUGACCGUCAUGGCGCUGAUGGAAGCGGUGUUCACGACUCUGAUUUCAUGUCACUUGGUGCCAUUGGUGAAAAGACGAUCGAUCUAAUUGACGACUGGUCUGCGUUUGUUAGCUCGAUUGAACCGUUCAUCGGUGGAGAGGAGGAAGGUGAUGAGAGAGCAAAAUGCGGAAAAGCGGCUGUUGAGCUGGUGGAUCCCGAACACAAGAACCAGUACACGACUGUCCUGAGAUCGUUUCACGAGAUGAAAAAAGGAUACAUCAGAGGCACGGGCAAAGGAGAGAACAACCUCUCCUGCAUCCUGUUGUAUCUCAUGCAACGUCCGGCCACGACCGUCCAACAGCUGUUUAACCUGCUGGCUGCUAGUGCCAAGCAUAACCGCCGCCGUCUCUUCAGCACAAUCAAGAAUGCCAAGUACUUGGAAUGAUACGCCGCUGAGGAGAUGCAAACUGGUCCAGAUAUGGCAGGGGAAGGCCAAGCGUCUGCUCUCCGAUCCCCCGGCAUCUCAGUGCCUCGGCUGGGUCGGAUUCAGUAGCUGCAAGCAGCCUGGCCUCCCUCCAGGUAGCUCAGAGUGGACCUUGUGACCAGAGCAAUCCUCACUAGGCAUCAUGGGUGCUGUGUGUUUUCAUUGCGAGUGAGCCUGUGUUGCUGUGAUCUGCCGCCCAUGCUCUAUUCCUUGAUCAUGAAUUGACAGUCAUGUCACGGCUGUUUUUAAUGGCGUUUAUUGAAGUUUUUUUAAGUACACUUGAAACGUACAUACUGUACUAUUUUCUUUCCAGCUAGUAAGUUUUGAAAAUAAAUAAACUUUCACUUUUCAAUCCAAGGCAGACAACCAGGAAAGUUUUUGAGGCUCCUCUCAUUCCCGCCAUCAAGGUAUCAAUGUAAUAAGAAUAGUAAAUUUAUUAAGGCACGCUUGAGUUAGCAUUUUACUGAAACUUGACUAACGAUAUUGAGAUCACCAUGCCUCUGUGCAUUGAGCCA